ACCAGCGAACAGCAAGGCCCUUCAAGAAACACCCGCAGGAACAGUGACAGCUAUUACGAGGCCAGACAUUCCUGGAACCGACUGCGUCUGGAGGACACUCGAAGACACCACCCUUACACUCGAAUCGAAUAGGAAGAUACGACAAAUACGUGGUGGCGGUGGCCCAUCUCGACUGCUUCUCCAUCUAAUCACAUCAGGUGAUCUGUCCUGGCUCUACGACAUCGUCUCGACCUUGUACCAAAUCGUGGUAAAUGUUGAUACGUCGCUGGGGGUCUCGUUGUGAACAAGUAACUUGGCACCUGCAGAGUUCGACCUCCAAAAUUGGUCGCGCCUUCUGCAUGGCGCCUGAUCUCGAGGCAAUCUUCGGUGAGCUGGGCUUGGCCCAAUAUCUCGACGCGUUCGUCGAGCAGGGGUUUGAUGAGUGGGAUAUCAUCCUUGACAUCCAAGAGUCGGACCUUGAUGUGCUAGGUGUUAAGCUGGGCCAUCGAAGGAAACUCCAAAGACGGAUUGCCAACGCCAGGGGUAUUUCUCCAAAUACCUCACUGGUAUCACCAGCGAGGCCGGCAGUCGAAGAUGUCAAGCCCAACACCCCGCGGACCGAACUCAGCCGGCCGGAGGGCACCCACGAGGUGCAAGGAGUAGCAAAACGAAAAUAUCGGCGCCACCCCAAGCCCGAUGAAAAUGCCCCUGAACGCCCGCCCUCUGCGUAUGUUUUGUUUUCCAACAAGAUGAGAGAAGACCUCAAGAGUCAAAACCUCAGCUUCACCGAGAUCGCGAAACUGGUCGGCGAGAACUGGCAGAAUUUGGUGCCAACAGAGAAGGAGGCGUAUGAAAGCCAGGCCAACGCUGACAAGGAAAAAUACCACCGCGGCUUGAUGGAGUACAAGAAAACCCCCGAGUUCAAGAAGUAUAUCCAGUAUCUCCAAGAGUUCAAGGAUAAGCAAGCCAAGCAGACCCAAGCUAGCGAUGUAUCCAAGCGGCCGAAAUUGGAGCCUGCUAGACUUCGCAAUGGCGGCAGCAGCGGCAGCACCACGGCCACCCCUGGAAUCAACACACCGAGUGGGAGCGGGAGCGGGAGCGGGAGCGAGAGGUUUCCUGGGAGUGAACCACCGCCCUCUCGAAAAGAAAGGAUGAACUCCAUUGCUUCAAUUGCCGAAUCGCAGCAUUCAGCAGCACCUACCAUGUUGUCACAGGCGAAUUCGAACGAAGACGCCAUGUCGUCACCCCGGGGAAGCUACUAUGAUACUGUGAGCCCGAAUGAGCCACCUCGGUACCACCCUCAUCGACCACCAUCAUGGCGAGAAGGCGGAAGAGGCGGCGAACCGCUUCAUCAGCACCUCCCAUCGCUCUCCGAUAUGCUCGACGACGGAAGGAAGGGAACGCCAACGAGCCUUGGGGGCGAAAGCAACCCGUACUCGUCAGGUUUUGUCGCUGCCAACCACCCUAGACUAGUCCCCGAGGUGCUCAAUGGCCUGCCAACAACGACGGCACCUAGAAUGCCACACCUCCGACAUGACCAAUCCUCGAACAGCAGUGUUGGGUCCACCAGCCCGGCCAUGAGCAUCGCGCGCACACCUGGUGAAGGACCGCUGCCCAUUCACGCACUGCUCUCGCACCAGACUCUGCCGGCCCCUGGAGGAGCGGCAUCGGGAUCGUUUGACCGAGGUGCGUCAAUGAAUGGCGGGACCACUCCGAGCCCGACGGAUCUCGUGAGGCCGCCAUUCGGACACAGCGCGGGACCAAGGGGAUAUGGUACUUGACCCUCUCGGCACAGAGACUUUGUCAAGGAGUCAAGCUAAUUUGGCUUACAAGGCUCUCGUGACGUGCUAUCCCUAUCUACCGGCCAGCUGGUGAACGCUGAUCAGUCAGGGGAAGGAGUGCUGAUGACGCCAGCGCCUCAUUUCGUUGCCACAGGAGAGCAUAGGCCCGUCAGGACCCGCCUGGACGGAG